UGGCAUUGCAGCAUCAUCACCUCGAAGCUCAGCGGAUCGGUUGCUCACAGGGCAUACCACUCGACAUAGAGUGUGUAUCCCUGCAAGCUCGCACUAUCGACGUGCAGCAGCAAUAGACGCGCUUAAUAAUGAGGACCCUAGCUUUGAUAUCGACAGCCUCAGCACUGCUGCACAGCCAGGCGCCGCUGCGCAGCUCGACGCCGCUGGGUGCGAUCGACAUCACGAACCGCGGCUACGUCCGGAUAGACACGGAGAAGGAGACGGUCGCGCACCCGAAGGCCGCGCCGGUCCUCGACGAGGUCUCGCUGCGCAAGUGCGUGGACGAGGCCGUGCAGGACGCGGACUGGCACCGGCCCAUCUCCGUGCUCGGCUCGACGGGCUCCAUCGGCACGCAGACCUUGGAUUUUUGUCGCGCGCGGCCCGACCGGUUCUCGGUCAUCGCGCUCUGCGCGGGCGCCAACUACAAGCUCCUCGCGACGCAGGUCGCCGAGUUCCGGCGGACCGUGACGACCGUCGGCAUCUCCGACGGGUCCAAGCUCGAACCCCUGAAGGAGGCUUUGAAGGCUGCGGGCGUCGACUGCGCUUCCCUAGAAAUCUACGGCGGCGCCGACGCCGCGACGGCCUGCGCCACGGCGCAGGGCGCCGAUGUUGUGGUGACGGGCGUCGUGGGCACCGCGGGGUUACCGCCGACGGUGGCCGCCAUCGAGGCCGGGAAAGACAUCGCCCUCGCGAACAAGGAGACUCUGAUUGCCGGCGGCCCGGCCAUCCUCCCGUUACUCAAAAAGCACGGAACGGCCAUGACGCCCGCCGAUAGUGAACACAGCGCCAUCUUCCAGGCCCUGCAGGGCGUGCCGCCGAACGGCAUGCGGAAAGUAAUACUGACCGCAAGCGGCGGCGCCUUCCGCGACCUCACGGCCGCGGAGCUCGCCGACAAGUGCGAAAACGAGGCCGAGUGGGUGCGCGCGAAAGCGACGACGCACCCGAACUGGGACAUGGGCGCCAAAAUUACUGUAGAUAGUGCUACGAUGAUGAACAAGGGCCUGGAGGUGAUUGAAGCGCAUUAUUUGUUUGGCGCGGAUUAUGAUGACAUUGAUGUGGUGGUGCACCCGCAGUCGAUCAUCCACAGCGCGAUCGAGACGCAGGACAACUCCGUGAUUGCCCAGCUGGGCUGGCCGGACAUGCGGUUACCUUUACUGUACAGCGUGAGCUGGCCGCACCGCGUGCGCAUGCCCCAGGACCAGUGGGAGCCGUGCUUCGAUCUGGUCGAGUUGGGGAGCAUGACGUUCAAGGGUCCCGACAACGACAAGUAUCCCUGCAUCGGCUUAGCGUACGCCGCGGGCCGCGUCGGCGGCACGAUGACGGGGUGCCUCAACGCGGCGAACGAGAUGGCGAACGAGAUGUUCCGCGAGGGCGCCUUCGAGUACCUCGACAUCCCGCGCGUCAUCGAGGCGGCCAUGGAGGCGCACAAGGCGGACUUUAUUCAAGAACCGUCGUUGGACGAAAUCAUCGAGGUCGACCUCUGGGCGCGGCGGUUCGUGAAGGACUUCGCGUCGGCGAAGAAGGAGGUCUUCGCGUAGGGUUGGCGGGUAAAGUUCGCGUUCGGGAA